CUUAGUGUUUGAGAGCUUAGUUCAUACAUAGUUUUGUGAGUGUAAUCAAUUUUUUUAGUUCUUCUCAAGAGCCAUGUCUGCCACAUUGCUGCUGCUUCUUGCAGUAUUAUCUUCCACUGCAGUGCUACUUACUGGGGCACAAUCCAUUGGUGUGUGUUACGGAGCAAACGGAGACAAUCUACCACCAAGGCAAGAAGUGGUGGAUCUCUACAAAUCAAACGGAAUUGGCAAAAUCCGUUUAUACUACCCCGACGAAGGUGCCCUUCAAGCUCUCGGAGGAUCAAACAUAGAAGUGAUACUCGGUGUUCCCAAUGACCAACUUCAAUCCGUCACCGACGCCGGAGGUGCCUCAGAUUGGGUCAACAAGUACGUAACACCCUAUUCAAACGUCAAUUUCAAGUACAUUGCCGUCGGCAACGAAGUUCCCUCCGGCGACGCUUUAGCAGGUUCAGUUCUUCCGGCACUUCAAAGCAUUCAAACCGCAAUUUCCUCAGCCAAUUUGCAAGAGCAGAUCAAAGUCUCCACCGCCAUAGACACCUCUCUACUGGGCAACUCCUACCCACCGAACGACGGCGUUUUCCGCGACGAUGCAACUUCAUACAUAACUCCGAUCGUAAACUUCUUAGCCCAAAACGGUGCCCCGCUUCUCGCAAACGUGUACCCUUACUUCGCCUACGUUCAAAACCAGCAAAGCAUUACUCUUGAUUACGCCUUGUUUACGCAACAAGGCAACAACGAAGUUGGGUACCAAAACCUGUUCGAUGCAUCGUUGGAUUCCUUGUACGCGGCUCUUGAGAAAAUAGGACAAUCGAAUGUUGAGGUUGUCGUGUCGGAGAGUGGGUGGCCAUCGGAAGGUGAUGUCGGAGCCAGUGUUGACAACGCAGGAACGUAUUACAGGAAUUUGAUUACUCAUGCCAAGGGUGGCACCCCGAAGAGGCCUAAUGGACCCAUAGAGACUUAUCUCUUUGCCAUGUUCGAUGAAAACCAGAAGGAUGGUGCAGAAACUGAGAGACACUUCGGUCUCUUCAAUCCUGACAAAUCACCAAAAUACCAACUCGGUUUCAAUUGAAACAGGUUAUUGAUCAAUGAUCAUAAUAAUAAACUCGGUGUUGUUACAAUAAUCAUAAGAAUAAAGAUGUCUAAUAAUAUGCACCGACAAUGUACUGAGAUAUAUAAUAAGUGCAUGUCAUGAUGUUCCUAAACCUAAUUAUUAAUGAAUGUCUCAGAAUCUUUUCAUGUUUA